AUGGUCAGAGUAAAGAACAAUUCCCCAGCAGCUGCUGUGCCCAUUGUUCAAGAACCAGCUGAAGAGGAGAAAGUCUAUUCGAUAGGAUUAGUUGGAGAUGCAGGUGUGGGGAAAGCUAGCUUGUGUGUUGAGUUUACAAAAUCAAAGAAAGUGAGAGUUUCAAGACCAUCAGCUUACGAUCCAACAGAUGAAUCUCGAUUCUAUCAAACCAUUUCAAUUGACAACUCAAAUGUAACAGUUCAAUUAAUAAGCACAUCAGGUCAAGAACUCAUGAAUGCAGUCGAGGAUAUUUACUUUAAGAAAUGUUUGGGUUUCCUGCUCAUCUUUUCUCUAGAUAACAGAAAUUCUUUCAUCAGUGCCACAACCAGACACUAUGAAAAGAUAUUGAGAAUGAAGGAUUGUGUGCAGUCGGAGGAUAUUCCACAUAAUAUUCCAAUGAUACUUGUGGGAAAUAAGGUGCGUAUUUUAUUCAAGAAUUUUAUCAAUGAAUUACAUAAUAUUUGA